AUGGAUGAGGACCGUGUCAAUUUACCCAUGGUAGCUGAGUGGUCACGGCUACAAGACCCUGCUGAGCAUGAACAUGAACAAUCGCCUGACCCAAGCACGGCCGAGGGGGGGAUUCAGGUAUAUGGCGCCACAAGUUUGCUCCAUGAUCAAUCAUCAAGAACGCCAUUAGCAAAUCAAUUACACCCCCGAGGGGAUCAACAGGAAUUAGCAGCCGAAUUAGUAAAGGCCCAACUCAUCUCGAAUGCUGCCCUGCGCCGACAAGAAGAGCUCAAAUUGAUUUACAAUCCCAGCAUAGGAGCGAACAUUGACUUCGACGGCGUGUCUAUGGAUUUGGGGCUACAUUUAUUGAGCUUGCAUUGGAAUCGCUCGCAUUUGUCCUAUUUGUUGACAUACCGACCGGCAGUUAUGGAUAGUCUGUUCAAUAACGGACCUCAUAUCAAUAAAUUGCUGUUGAAUGCCAUUUAUCUACAGAGCAGCCUGUACAAUGAUCGGCUCCUGCCGCCCGAACUUCAUGGCCCAAAUAAUAAAGGAUUGGUCUUCUAUGAGCGAUUCAAGCGUCUUUUGCCCCAAUAUCUCGAUGCACCUGUCCUCCCGACGGUAGUAGCUUUGUUAACAUGCGGGGCCUGUCUCGUGCCAUACGGUAGACAAAGUGCAGGAUGGGCACUAUCCGGUAUGGCGUACCAGAUGAUAAUCGAGCUUGGGUGUCAUUUGGAAUUUCCUUCCUAUGGUGGCGAAAGAAACAGCACACCGAUGAUGAUCGAACAAGAGAUGAAAAAAAGAGUGUAUUGGGGAGCCUAUGUCAGUGACAAAUUUCAGUCACUGUUUCUCGGUCGCCCUCCAAUGAUGAAUGAAGAUACAGCCAAUGUAAAAAGCAAUUACAUGGAUUCAUUCGAGGAAAUGGAAGAAUGGCGACCCUACCAUGAUCCCGUCUCCCAGUCCAUCGAUCAUUCCACUCCGGCCUACUAUUAUCGCGGUACACCAUCAUAUGCUAUAAGCACAUUCCAAUCUCUAUUGCGACUCUGUAAAAUCGCAGCCAAUAUUGUCAAUACAUUCUAUUCGGCAAACAGCACGAGAAUAUCACAAAGAACGCUUUUGCAGACUAGGGAUACCAUUCUUGAACAACUCAAUCAAUGGCAUCAAACGCUUUCGCCUUGGCUACAAUUCGAUCCUACUGCGGAAUCAAUACUUGCGCCGCACCAAUUGACGCCACAGUAA